AUGGGUUGCACGCUCAGUGCCGAGGACAAGGCUGCUGUAGAAAGGAGCAAGAUGAUCGACAAAAACCUUCGAGCGGACGGUGAAAGAGCAGCGAGAGAAGUAAAAUUGCUUCUUCUUGGUAAGUGAAACCUUAAAUUCGUAAGCCAUGGAAGCGCGAAUCGACAUGAAAUAUCUAAGGCAUCGAUCGAUCUGUCCGACGGUCGAUUCAAAUAUGUAAAGGAAACCGUUGUGUUUGAUGUUUUUACACGAUCAAUCGUUUACUUUAGUCCUUCUAACCCCUAACUAUGUAGUAUACAGAAAAGGAAACCUUACAAGAUCUUUUUUUUUUGACGUGGUUAUUUCCCCUGUCGCUUUGCUAUACUGUCGUAAAACACCGCACAAUUUACGCUGCUUGUGAACGAUCUUCAGUGCCCUUAGCAACAUUUGGCCAGAGGUUUAUUUAUAACUCAGCGCAUACAAUCGAAUGCAACGAAACUGGUUUGUCCUUUAUACCUUUGUGGCCGCGAUAUGCUGUGCUCUAACAUCCUUAGUCUAGAUUCUAGGACUUUCCGCACUGGCCUAAUCCGCCAUUAGAUAUUGUAAACGAACAUUAGCUGCGAAAUGAAUAAAUUUGCCAUCAAACCUAAAGCCAAUUUUACGCUUAUCUUGAACACGUCUCUGAGUUUCGUGCAAGGAUCUGCUUUACAGCUGUGUUAGGUGAAAAUUUCAAUUCUUGUAAGUUGCAGUAAAAAUCAGGAAUGUAAACGAAAACCCUUCGAGUGAUCAUAUGACGAAACGCACGCGAGAAUGUUGUCGAACGAAGCAAGCGAAAGUGAAAAUGGUCGGUAACAUGCCUUCUGAUCGUGAAGCAGUUCUUAUCCCAUUUAACUUGGCUAUUUCAUGGAAUUUCGUUCCUCAUAUUAAGGUUAAUUUUUCGCCGACCCUCAACCGUAAUAAUUCUGUGCAAUAUUGGCGCGUGUGAAUUAAAAUCGAAUAAGUUAAAUCAGAUCAGAAAAUACUGGUUAUGGAAGUUGUGCGAUUCUACAGUGAAAGGAAGCCAGAGGCGAAACAUUUUCUGCUGAGCUUAAACGCUUCUUACAACACUUCUGUGAACAAUUUCCUUCUAUUCUUUUAUUUUGUUUCAGCGCUAAAUCGUAGUUGUGACGGCCAAUAUAUAUUCGACUGGAUUGUCCCCUUCUCUGCCUCUAUUUCGUUUUCGUUAUGAAACGUCGUAUUAUCCAUUUUUGUUUAGGCCACUCACUCUUGAUGGCAAUUUUCUAACUUUCGUACGUGAAGAGAAUGGACUGAAGAGAUGGGCUUAUCUGAUUACUGUACCCAUUGGGUCGUCUCCAUGGUUAGAUUUUUGUUUCCAUAAACAGGUGCUGAAUGCUCUCUAAAAGUUCUUAGGUAAUCACCAUUUGCUAUCUGCCUCUUUUUAAAUGAACUUGUAUGAUUUCCUUCUCUGUUUGUAGUAUAUAUUUUAAGACUGAUUAGCUUAUUUCUAUGUGGGGUUGAUUUUGUCUCGAUAACCUUUCCUAUCUGAAUGUCUCAUUAAUAAAAGUGAUGCGUUGAAAUUACUAAAGGCCAUAAAUCUAUGAUUUGUUUGUUGUGGUUCUGUCUGUUACGUUGUUGUUGAUGGUUCUAUCCAGCUGAUACAUGUAGACUAACAGUAGUUAGCAAAGCACAUAGUAUUCAUUCUUUUUGCUUUGUAUGUCCUUUGGAUAGCUGGAACUCUUCAACCCUUCAAAAAACUGACACCCUGAGAUACCUUUUUUAAGCCUCUUUUAGCUUUUAACACUGUGAUUUAUUUAUCAGGCAUGCAUAGUGGUUAAAACAGAAUAGCAAACUUUAUAUUUGUUGAUACUUUUUGUGGUUUGUUGCUGUCAUGUGUGAAUUCUUGAUAACCUGACCUCACUGCCAUACAGGUUUGCUAGUCGAGGACAACACUCACAAUAUAAUGGAUGUAUCGUUUUAUUGUACUAUAUUUAUCUCGGACAUUGGGGCUGUAACUGGCUUAAAAUCUGUGUCCCCAGUCAGUUUAUUUGUGGUUCUAUUUGUUCAUUGUAUCUAUCUUUUUGUUUUUUGCGUUAAUGUAAAUUGACCACAAUACUGGCAAUAUUGAAUGUGGGCUAAAUGAGUUUCAUUUCUGAGUUUUCCAUGACAGUCACAUAUUGGCUGAUCUUUAAUUAAAGUCAUUUUAUAAAAAGAACUGAAUGUAGUAGGGGAUGAUGAAGUAGGUACAUUUAUGGUUAUGGCAAGUAAGGGUUCAUAUAUCACAAGUUUAUCAUUAUCGUAAUGUUACAUUGUAACCUAACCAUCUUGUGAUUAACUUGUGUUGAAUGAAAAUUAAUUUGUAGUGACAUGCUCAGGGUUAAGAGAUUGUUUUGAAACAUAUCCUUUAAAUCCAUCAUCAAAUUUAGAAAAAAAUGGCCAACAUGGUACAAUCAAAGCUCUCCUUGCGACCACUCUCGUAAGCGACCACCUUGGCGAACCCCGUUUGAACUGUGACUUAAACUUUGUAAUGAAAAGCUCUCAUAAGCAACCGCUCCUGUAAGCGACCACAACCACAUUUGGAAUUACCCAACUGGACUUUUCCUUUAAUAAUAAUAAUGAUAUUGAUAGUGAUAAUACUAAUAAUAAUAUUGUUUGUAAGCGACCACUCAGACCUAAUAAAACAGGAACUGUUAGUUUAUUGAAUGGCUUCAAAUUCUUCUGAUGUAGAUCAACUCCUUCUUGCAAUAAUAUUUAGAUUUGCUGAUGUUUUGGUCUAAAAAAUUGGGCGUAAAGUUUUUCCGUGUCUAUAUCAGGUAUAGAGACACUCAUUAAUUUCUUUUGUUUUUUUUUCUGAAGCUCUCGUAAGCGACCACUAAUCGUUGUUUUAGCAUGUCGUCGCUAACGACAGCUCAUUCUCUUAAGCAACCAGCUCUAGUCAAGACCACUUUUUCGAAUUUCUGAGGUGGUCACUUUAGUAAAAUAAAUGUUGGUGAACUUCACUGUUGUUUGUAAAGCUUGUGGCACAAAUGCUAGCAAGAUUUGUUUCCAUUUUUUGUCAUUGGUAGAAACUAUGGAAUUGCUUGAUGUGUCCCACAGUGUAAGAUAAAUGUUGCUGGAAAUCAGUGUUCAUGCUUGUAUUAAAGGGACUUUGUCAUGGCUGUGCAGUUCAUUUUGUUAACAAUGCCAUUGACGUGUCCUUCUUCGCUGUGUAACUUGAAAAAUUACUUGUGAAUGACAAAAUCACAGCUUCGUAACAAACAGAUUCAGAAAUGAAUUAUUUCAUAUACUUCACAUCAAACAGAUACGUCUCCCAAUCAUUAUAUCAAAUUUUACAAACAAUAAUGAAGGAUGAUGAUCAUCCUUCAUUUAAUUCUUCACUCGGCAGUUGACAUGUAUGAUUUUAACAUAUUCAAAACUUCAGUUGAAAUAAACUUUGAAAAACUGUUAGGCCAUUGAGUUUUCAAAAACCACAAAAUAAAAAUUAUUUCAAACCAUUUUAAUCUUCUUCAAGUUUUUCCAUCAGUCCUUUCUUUCGGAUUUGCUGUGUUGUUCAUUUCUCGAUUAAAUUUUGUGAGUGGUUAUUUUUACAGUUUCACUCAAUUUGGUGGUAGUUACCAUUGCUUCAAUUUUGAUAAAUUUCGUGACACUCUUUGGUGACUAGAAAAUCUUUGUUUUUGCAGGGAAAUCUUAUGCAGGGCCCCCUUGAUUUCACAGGUUCAGAACACUGGGUUCCCCUCAACUUUUUCAGAGCACAGCCUUGUUAACAUAAAUCUUAGUGCUGAAAAAAAAAAUUAAGAAUUCCUCCUCGCCAUCUGUGUUAAAAUUAAUGAAGGUCAUUAUUAGUGGAUAGACUCAAAAGGUGAUAACAUCUAUUACCAAACUUAUGUUGGUUGUUAACUAACCAGCAAUUACUUAUGGCUGUCGGACAUGAAGUGUACAGUAUCUGUAUGUGAAUUACUAAAAAAAACCCUUUUUGCGUCUUUGCACUUACGAGGAGAUAAAUUCUUUGCUUGUCAAUGUCAAAAGCAAUGUUUUUUUAUCUCUCAAGGUGUAAAUGAAUCACAUCAUUUAUUUUGCAUCAUGCAAUGAACAACAUUAAGUCAUUUUAAAACAAUCUAUCAAGAGUCAUGUUUUUGUCUAAAUGCUUUUAUAAUGUAUACUUUUUUGUAGGUUUUAUGUCAUAUGUCUUGUCUUCUACAUUUUUUUAUUGUCAAUCUCCUUUUUUUAAAACUUUCUAUCAUUUUAAAACAAUCUAUCAAGAGUCAUGUUUUUGUCUAAAUGCUUUUAUAAUGUAUAAUUUUUUGUAGGUUUUUUGUCAUAUAUCUUGUCUUUUACAUUUUUUUAUUGUCAAUCUCCUUUUUUUAAACUUUCUCUUUUAUCAUGCCAGUGCCAUGUUAUUAUAACAACCUGUUUUCCGGUUGAAUUGUGUAAGGUACAUAAUUUUGAUAGAUUUCUUUAAAUCUGUUGUAAUGGCAAUUUUUUUUUGCUUCCAUGGUUUUUAGAAGGUUUGUCUAUUCAUCCUCUUUUCGUCUAUGAGCACUUACCAUUUGAACAAAAUUUUGGUGAAAAACUUCCAUCAAAUGCUACUGGUAUUUUUUUGGCACCGAAAACAGGAACAGGAUUGAGUUGUACCAUUUACAAAAUACUAGUAAAUUUUUCGCUUUCUCUUGACAUGAAGCCUGGCACUAGUAAUCCAGACAAAUGGUACAGAAAAAUAACCAACCCUUUGUCUUUGACUUUUUUCGAAAAAGCUGUUCAAUAUAAUACUUAUAAUACUGGCCAUGUAUUCUUGUUGGCGUAAUAAUAAUAAUAAUAAUAAUAAUAAUAAUAAUAAUAAUAAUAAGAGUCUUUAUUCAUAGUUGGGUAGUCACAACAUACGUGUGGCUUUACAUACAUGACAAUGCAAUCUAUUUGAUGGCGUCAGACAUUCUGAAAGCGUUCUGUUUUAGCAGCAGGUAAAAUAUAAUCAUGUCCUGUGUUUCGCAAAAAUCUCUUGUUUCUUAGCGUGUAAUAGUUGGUAAAGGGGAUGGGAAGGAGUAUCGGUGAUAAUGUUCCAUAGCUUACAGUCGCGAUUUCUGAUAACUUCAGCUAUUGCAUACAGGUUGUUGGUGUAUCCGAAUCUAAAUGCUCGCUUAAAAAACUUGUCAAUGCGAUCAAGGUAUUUACCUUGAUAUGCCGCUCCCCAAAUCUCAAUUCCGUACAAAAACAGGGACAUAAUUAAAAGAUCAAAUAAUUUUGUCAGUUGUUCUUUAGGGUAACUUGUCAGUUGUUCUUUAGGGCAUGUUGCCUUCGUAAGAGGGGAGAAUACAACUUUGAUGGUGUCAGGUUGAAAGAUAUUUUUUAAUAAAGUGAAGAAAUGUAAUAAUUUGCUUUAAGAUAUUAAGAGCUGGUUGAUUGAGACAUUCUUAAAAUGCGAGAUGGUUAGGUGAUAGGGAAGCCAGGAAAUAGGAAAAAAUUUAAUGUUCAAUUACGAAUCUCUGGAGUUUGAUCUUUCUGUUGUAAAACGUUAUUAAAGUAGAUGAAUGAACCCACAGUUACUUGUUAAUGUUGUUGUUGUUGUUGCUCUUGCACAUGGUGCUGGUAAAAGGAAAAUAAUAAUAAUUUAUUAUUGUUGCUGUUCUUUCUCCAUAGGUGCUGGAGAAUCUGGAAAGAGCACCAUAGUAAAGCAAAUGAAGUGAGAUUACAUUGUUUGCUUUUAUUCAUGACAACCACAACAGUUAAAUGUACAAGAAGAUGAAUUUACAUGUAUUUUCCCCAAAUAAAUAAGUUACAUUAUACUACUAUUAUACAUGUAACAUUGUUUACAGAGAAAUCUGCGUUUAAUGGAUGCCGCCCCGUAUUGAGUGAAGGAAUGGCUCAGUUUGUUUCAAAACCUCUCUUCCCAUAUUUUCUUUCAGUAACCUUGCCUCUCACUGUAAGCUCCUUUUCAUGGGACCCCUUUAUGUCGCAGCUCUUUUGUUGUAGGGCUAGGUUCCAUUUUGCCUUUUUCCAUUUGUUUCUUCCUGAAACCAAUCCUGUGAGGCCUUGUUACAGCUGCACAGCACCUGUUUCUUAUAAAACCAACCUAAGCUGAGACUGUCAGUGUAGCUGCUGAUUGAUCUCAUCUUGGAAGUCAUCUGGUGUCCCUUCAGUGCCCAGUCAACAUGUGACAUCACUAUCUCUCCAAAAGAGAGACGGCUUGGGAUCAAAAUCAGUCAAACACUCUUGCACUCACAGCAGAGCACUUGGUUAUCCACAUGUUUGCAUCCGAGAAAUUUAAGUUAUGACAAGAGGGUCCAUCUGUAUGAACUCUGUGCGGUCAUGUUUGUUGAAAGAUAUGUAGUGUCACUAGCUAAGCUUGGAGUCCAAUGCAUGUACAAUCUGCGUUCAACUUGAUGUUGGACUUCCAUGUUAUGGUCAAUUGACAGCUGUCAAAGUAGGUAUCUGCUUACAAGUGUCACAUGACUAUAUUGUGGGCUCAGAUGUAUAACUCGUUAAGUUGAUAGUUUAUUUAGUUGUCGCGUGACUAGUCAUUGGUUUUUAAUUGAACACAGACUCAGGUCCCAUUUUUUUCAGGAGGAAUUCAGUUUGCUUCUUACCUAUUGUCAAAGUUGAAUUUCUUCAGAAAGAUUCAACAAGAGCUUUGCUUUUGGCCUUGGCUAAAUCUAUAUAUUUCCAUGAAAAGUAAAUAGAGUAUGGAAUUUGCCAUAACAUUGGUUAUGUUUCUGCUCAUUUGUAGUCCCUUGUAGAACUUGAUGCAUUAUUUUACUUUAUAGAAUUAUUCAUGAACAUGGUUAUACUCAAGAAGAGUGUGCACAGUACAAACAAGUUGUAUAUAGCAACACGAUACAGUCAAUGAUUGCCAUAAUCAGGGCAUUAGGAACUUUGAAGAUUGAAUUUGGUCACAUGGAUAGAGCAGUAAGUAUACUAUUAUUUUCCUUGGAAUCACAGAUCAUUUUGAUUGUCAACCCCUAGCAGUUAAAUUUGUGUAGUAUACAGCUGCACGGUAAAAAUAUCACUUAAAACAAUAAAUCUGUCUAUUCUACAAUUGAUAACAAGGCAACACAUGAAUUGAGGGUGAGUGUUCAAAAAUGGCCCUUUUGGCCAGUGAUUCCAUUGUGAUAUUUACCUUUGUCACUUAAACACAAGGUAAUGUAGAACGAGUUUCUAAAAGGUUAUCAGAACUCUCGUGGCAGAUAGUUUUUAUCACAAUAUAAAUUUCCACUUAUGAACAAGAUAUUUUUCACUAAUGUGAACACACCUUUUUUUAAGUGCCCGCUCUAGAAUUCGGGCAUGGUUCUGGUGCCUGAGUACAAGGUUGAGACCUUGUACUCAGGCACUAAAGUAGGCACCGGGUCCCUGUUUGCAUGUGUUUUCAGUUGGUUCCAAGGAGUUUUACCCACAGUCAAUUUCUUCGCUCCUUUUGCAAAAACGGCGUCUGCUGACGAAGCAAAGAGGACAAAAGACAACUUGGGUACCCAGAGUGUGGACAAAGCACCAUUUUGUACUGUGCCCGGGAACUAGUGCCCUGACACUAAAUGUGAACGCACCCUUAUUUGUCAUUUGUCAGCUGUAGAGUCUUGUAGAGGGCCCACAGAGUUUAUUGUUUCUUGUAUUCUAUGUUCAUGGCCCUUGUAUCACGAUUGUAUGGUAUCGUAGGAAAAUGCAUUGUGCGGCCGUGCCAUGCAGGCUUUCUUCCAGCAAUCCGUGCAGUUGUUUGUUGGCUUCUUUUCAUUUCAUGUAUGUCGUUUUCAGGAUGAUGCACGGGAGCUGUUUGCACUAGCAGGAAGUAUGGAGGAUGUAAAGUUCACCCCUGAGCUUGUGUCGAUAAUGAAGAGAUUAUGGAAUGAUUCUGGAGUACAAAACUGCUUUUCAAGAUCAAGAGAGUUUCAGCUAAAUGAUUCUGCUGCAUAGUAUGUAAACAGUUGUUGUUUGAAAUGUGGGGUCCCUGAAAAUAUCCAUGCCCAUCAUAUAUGCAGAGUCUUUGAAAAUUCUGUUGGGGGGGGGGGGGGGGGGGGGGGUUUUCCAGAAAAAGCCAAAGGUUUGCAAGGGAUUUUUUUACCUUUAUUGAGAAAAAAAUUCAAAAAGGUUUUUUAAUUUGGGCGGCAAAAAAAAAAAACCACCAAAGGGGGGAAAAGGUUUUUUUUUGACCAAAAAAAAAAAGCACCACGAAAUACACAAACUUUUUUGAUGUGGGGUGGAGGACAACGUGUGAUGCGCGGCCCUUGCUGGUGUUGGUUGACAGAAUUUUUUGGGGGGGGGGUGGGCGGUCUUGCAUGUAAGAGCCAAAGUUUUGAAAGGAAUUUAUUAACCUUAAUUGGAAAAAAAUUCUAGAAGGUUUGUUGAAUUGGGGGGUCAACAAAAAUAUCCCACCAAAGGGGAGAACAGUUAUUUUCUGGACCAACAGAAUAAGGCACCUGUAAUUCAGUAAAUCUUCUGAAUGUGCAAUAUCCACCACUAGGGUAUUGUAGCAUGUCUCAUGUUUGGCAAUGUAAUUCAAGGUUGUUGUAACAAUAGGCAUUGUUUGCGAGUAGUCUCAUUAUCGUGUGUGAACUUAAGCGACAUGCAUCUGACUAAUUACACAGUUGGUGUAACACUUCUUGGUAGAUAAUAAACCUAAAAAGACUUGAUUUCUUCCGAACUAAACAGUUGUGCUCGAGGUAAAAAUUUAAGGAAGUCCAAUGCUACACCUGUAUCUGUUUAAGCCCCAAAAUCCACAUACAAAUUCUUCAAACUGAUCUCCAUACAUUCCUAAUUCUCUUGCGAGCACCCUUCACCCAGGUUAUAAUAUAAACAUAAUCUCUUGGGGUAUACAUGUUCAUGUACAUGGCACAGCUGUAGUUAAGCACUGAGUUUCAUCGUUAAAAAUGUACAUUUAACUAAUACUAUUGAAAUGGAAGUGAGCAUAUAAUUUAGAAAGCUGACAGAAUGUCAGUAUUUAGUGGACCAGUCCAAUCAAAAUUAACAGAUUAAAUUCUUUUUCCUUACACUUCCAGUUACUUGAAUGCACUGGAUAGAUUAGGAUCACCAGAAUACAUACCAACAGAGCAAGAUGUUCUUAGAACAAGAGUCAAAACAACGGGGAUUGUUGAGACUCAUUUUACAUUCAAAGAUCUCCACUUCAAGUAAGUCAUCUGCUUAGUAACUUUAAGCAUAGCCCUUUGACUCCCAAAAACGAUUAUAACUGUGCUGCUGUAUCUAUUUCUCUUCUUUAAUAUUUACCCAAGUCAGUAAGACAGGUUCCAACAAUGUUACUCUAACCCUUUAACUCUAAAAGAGGUACCCUGUAAUAGACCUGCCAUGAACAUGUCUAUUUUGAAAAAAAAGUAUUGAUCUUUUCAAUGUUUAAAGCCUUUGUUACAGGCUUUCUGAGAAAUGACCCCCCCCCCCACCCCACCCCCCAGGAAAUUGACUUCCAAGAUGUCAAUGUUAGGGUUUCCUAUUUACAGUUAAAAAAAAAACAAGGAAUGCAUAUUUCUGGCUUUUCCUUGAUAAUAUUAUAACUGAUAAAGAAGAGACUAAACCGAAUUCAUGCUCAGAUAGCUAAGUGGCUCUUGAAUACCCAGACUAUGGUCGCAAAUUUCUGGAGAUAUUUUUCACUUCUAUUGGACAAAAAGGGCUUAAUUUUUGGUUGUGUUCAGUUUUGUAGCAAAUUUGCAAUUAGCCUUUUGAUGAACCUGUUUUAUGUUUUGUCUGGUUUUUUUGAUGUUUCGCAAAACAAGAUAUAAAUGUAAACAUGGCCACUUUGAGCAGUCUUAUAAUUUAAAAUUCACGUUUUAAUUCCCUUUGAUGUUUAAUUUUUUUUGACCAAAAGUUCUUGAUAAUAUUGUACACCAAUGUAGCACUAACUGUUCAUGGUUACAAAUAUCCUGUGGACUGUUUCAGCAGAUUAUUUUUUAUAAGGAAUAGUAAUAAUGAGGAAAGAAAUUCUGAAAAGGUAGGACGAAUUUUAAUAACUUGUUUUUUUGUUGAUGUUGCAGAAUGUUUGAUGUUGGAGGGCAGAGAUCUGAAAGAAAGAAAUGGAUUCACUGUUUUGAAGGUGUGACCGCCAUCAUCUUCUGCGUUGCUCUCAGUGCAUAUGACUUAGUACUGGCAGAAGAUGAAGAAAUGGUAAGAUACAGAGUCGUGUUAAAGGCCCCAAAAUGUUGUCCUAAAGUGGCCUCAGAAACUGUGUUGCUGUGAGCCCAAGAGUCAGAGACACAGUAAGGAGGCUUUAGUUGUGGAAUGGCAGUGUUUUUGGUGGGAUUUAGUCUCAUCAUUGCUUUGUUAAAAUGUGGUAGGAAUAGAGGGCUUCCGCCUAUGUAUUGAUGGAUUAUAAACAGGCAAAAUUGGGCACAGGCGAACAAGUGCAUUUAGAAAAUUAUAAUAUUAUAGGGAUACUGUUUGUAGUGCAUAUGAAAUUUGAACAGGGAAAAUCCUUAGCAGCUGCUGGGAGAUUUCUUUUGAUUGCACUUCUUUGCAGAUAAAAACUGCAUCUAGCACAUGCUGUCACAGAAUUUUUUUCGUUACCUUCCUUCCAUUUCAAGAUUAACUGGGGUUUUGGCAGCCAUUGUUAGUGAUGUCUUAAUUGUACUAAAUGAUGCCCCUUUGUUGUUUUACAGAACCGAAUGAUGGAGAGUAUGAAGCUGUUUGACUCCAUCUGUAACAACAAAUGGUUCACAGAUACAUCGAUAAUCCUUUUCCUGAACAAGAAGGAUCUUUUUGCAGAAAAAAUCACCAAGUCACCUUUGACCAUCUGCUUCCCUGAAUACACAGGUAAACUGAGACUUCAGGACAAAGGAAAAUAAUUGUUAACUGUAAAGGGAAGAUAAGCUUUAAAAAAAGACAAAAAAAUAUUCAUUGUGUAUAAUUAUGCCUUUAAAGCGUCAAAUUUGGAAUUUCUCUGUUUUUGUCAUGGAAAGCUUAUUUACCCUUUACGUCCCAAUGGUGACCGACAGCAAUAUUCUCCUAAAAUUUUCAGUACAUAGUCAGGUAGAAAGGUGAUGAGAAUUGAGGAAAUGAUCACUUAAGUAAAUAUGCUUUGAUCUUUUAACAAAUUCUCUCAAGCAAUUUUUCAAGAAAUGUAUGGAGGCUAGUUGGAGAAUUUGUAUGUGGAUCUUGGGGCUUGAAGGGUUAAUGCUUUGACAAUAUUUGUGAUGUUAGGCUCAAACACAUAUGAGGAAGCUGCUGCCUACAUCCAACUUCAGUUUGAGAACCUUAACAAGAGAAAGGACACAAAGGAGAUAUACACCCACUUCACAUGUGCCACAGACACCAACAAUAUACAGUUUGUGUUCGAUGCCGUCACGGAUGUCAUCAUCAAGAACAACCUUAAAGACUGUGGACUCUUCUAAACUGCAUUGGACCUUAUUGGGGUAUGUGAGAUAGGUGUUACAGUCACACGAGACUAUGUUAUCUGCACUUAACAAAAUUAAUAGAGGAUAUUACACUGCAGAGAUACAAAAUUUCUCUUCAAGUCCUGAAAAUGUGCGAACGAGUGAAAUAUUUUGGAACGUGUGAAGAUAAAUUUUGUAUCUGCAAGCGGCCAUGUAAUGUAUUAUUUAUUAUAAACAUUAUUGAAAUGCAGAACCAGUUUACUUAAUUUUUCUGUUGUUGCGAAAGUUGCGAUGUAUUAUCUGGCCAUAGCAAUAGUGAUCUUUACACAUGUGAAGAUAACAUGUUAGUUUCACGUGAAGAUGUCAUGUUUUUGCCCGAAAGGUCACCUGGUAUUUCAUUGGCGUUUAUAUAAUAGAAGAAGUUAAUAGACAACAAUAUACUGAUCCUUACAGACCAUAAAUUACGUCAAAAUGUUUAAAACUAAGGGCCUGUUUACAUGGAAGUGGGGACCCCAGGUAGGUGAGGUAACCCACCUGUCCUUAUAAUCUCUCAUUUCAAUUUGAUCACGUUUACGUGAUAGGUGUUACCUCACCUACCUGGGGUCCCCCGCCUCCAUGUAAACAGGCCCUAAGGAAACAAAUGGACGGAGAGUGUGUUCACCGCAAAAUUUGAGACAUUUUGACAUCAUCACUGGCUUUUAAGAGAAGUAUCGUAUAUUUACAGAGAAAAAUUCCUAAUCAAAUUUUGCAACCCACCCAGAUCCCUUUUUUAUUCAGCUGCAAAACUUUUCCAUAAAUUGGAGGAACGUGGUAGCCUUGAUUACAAUUCAUUUCCCUUGUUCGUUGUUGCCUACUGUAUUUGUUUUUUUCUUUGAGUAAAAUUUGUGAGCGCCAUUUCUGGCAAAGUUUCUUGGAAAAUUAUACACAAACUGAAAGUAAGAGGAAAUCAAAAUACGCGAUCAUUGCAGUCUCCAUUGUCUUUACUCUCAUAGCCCAUAGGUCUAAAUCAUCAAGUCUGUAAGAAAUCACUCAGUUACCAUGCAACCCUGAUAAAACGAAGUACCAAGGGACUGGCUAAUUUUGUUCGCUGUAACUAGGUUUUGUUAUAUCGAGGUUCUUUUCCAUAUACGUAUUUUACUAUUACUGGGAUAAACAAAAGCGUUCGUUUUACCGAGGACUUCAUUAUAAUAAUUUUAUAGAGGGUUCCACUUAUAUUGUUAAGAGGAGACUGUUGACAAACUCCAGG